CCGGGCGGUGGCAGGCCAGCACAGGCCGGCUUGGGAGGCCCGCGGGGAGGCGCCGUAUCCGGAGGCUGCUUCGCACAGCAUAAAGCCACAGACGCACAGUGUGCCUCGCAGCCGCUCGGGCUGGUCGCCGCUGCGGAGAAGCUGCUCCGAUGCUCCAGAGCGGCCAUGGGCGCCCCGCACUGGUGGGACCAGCUGCGGGCUGGCAGUUCGGAGUUGGAUUGGUGCGAGGACAACUACACCAUCGUGCCUGCCAUCGCCGAGUUCUACAACACGAUCAGCAACGUCUUGUUUUUCAUUUUACCGCCCAUCUGCAUGUGCUUGUUCCGCCAGUACGCAACGUGCUUCAACAGUGGCAUCUACUUAAUAUGGACUCUCCUAGUUGUAGUGGGAAUUGGAUCUGUCUACUUCCACGCCACUCUGAGUUUCCUGGGUCAGAUGCUUGAUGAACUUGCUAUUCUUUGGGUUAUGAUGUGUGCUUUGGCCAUGUGGUUUCCCAGGAGGUAUUUACCAAAGGUCUUUCGGAAUGACAGGGGCAGGUUCAAGGCAGUGGUGUGUGUCCUGUCUGCAGUUACAACAUGCCUGGCAUUUGUCAAGCCCGCCAUCAACAACAUCUCUCUGAUGAUUCUGGGGGUUCCAUGUACUGUGCUGCUCAUUGCAGAGAUGAAGAGGUGUGACAAUGUGCGUGUGUUUAAGCUGGGGCUCUUCUCUGGCCUCUGGUGGACUCUUGCUCUCUUCUGCUGGAUCAGCGACCGAGCCUUCUGUGAGCUGCUGUCCUCUUUUCACUUCCCCUACCUGCACUGUGUGUGGCAUAUCCUCAUCUGCCUUGCGGCGUACCUGGGUUGCGUGUGCUUCGCCUACUUUGAUGCUGCCUCAGAGAUUCCUGAACAAGGUCCCGUCAUCAGAUUCUGGCCCAGCGAGAAAUGGGCUUUUAUCGGUGUCCCCUAUGUGUCCCUCCUGUGUGCCCACAAGAAGUCACCAGUCAAGAUCACGUGACGGCAAGGCAGUGACCGGCUUCUCUACUUACUUCCCUUCUUACUUCUAAACAUGCGCUGGGCUUCGUUUGCUAGGAAAGGUGGCCAAGGGCGUUGAGGAGUGGGUGUGGUGUGGGUGUUUAAAAUUCUGCUCCUUUGUGAUCUAACUGGACCACCGUGCCUGACUUCCCCGGGGUUGGGAAAUGGAGGGUUCAGGGACAUGUGUCUUCCUCAGUAUCCUUUCCAGGCACACGGGCCUGCUGGGUUAUGUCCAUACUGACUGACAUUGACAUAGUAGAUUUUUGGGAGACCUAGGGCAGCCCUAAGCUUCUUGCUGGAGAAGGUGGCUUGCUGUAGAUCGCACCAUUUCCAGACUCUCCCAUUACACAGGACUCAGCUCCCUGAGAUUCAAGACCUUCUCAUUUUGUGAUGGAAGGUUCCAGAACUUUUCCUUUUGCUGGCAGAAGCCGUCCUUCGACAAAACCAAGUGGGCAAAACACACAUGGGGGCUGUGACUAAGGCAGGUGGCUUGUCACUCCUCGAACCUCUUAGAUUUCCCAGGUUCUCCACGUGCUUGUGGAUCCUUCUGCUGAGAGAUGGAGCCUCAGCUUCAGAGGGCAAAGCCAGUAACACCCUCUAUGCCAAAAACUACACUCCAGUUUAAGCACACAUUAAAUAUUGACACCAUUUCUGCUCUUCCAGAGUGCAGCAGCCUCAGGCCUGCAGAGAAUCCUUCUGGUGUGAAGAUUCCACACACAGCCCCCUCUGCUUGCCAUGUGACCCCUGUGAGAGUAAGGCCUCACUGCGAUCCCAGAGGCAGCUCUGGGGGUUUGACUGGGAAGCUCUGGGAAGCUUUCGGAAGCUUUUCUUAUGGGAAGCUUUCAGUAUGUCCUUACCUCCAAGACUCUGAUCCCAUUUCUCUGCUGUUUUUAGGGGAUGUGCACUUCCUGAGGGAUGUAACUUCCCUGGGAUGUGGGCCUCCUGGGAUGUGGGCUUCCUGGGGAUGUAGCCUCCCUGGGGUGUGGGUCUCCAGCUUUUAUGUUUAUAAUGCCUGGUGCUAACUGGUUUCUCAGAGCACUUUGCUCUUCUUGAUGGUGGGCAGUCACUCCACUCUGAUUGGCUGGCUGGGGGUCACAGGUAAGAAGAGGCAGACUCUGACAUGAAUGUCUCUCACCUGCAUCAUACUUCUUUACUGGGCUAUCUUCAGGAAUAUGAGGUGGAGCGGGGUAUCUCAGGGAUGUUUGUAACUCAGGCACCUUCUGCUUUCUGACAUUCCAUUGUCGGGGGUGGGACAGCGCUCAGGGGAUUGGAGUUGGAACCCUGUUCUGAGUGGUGUCCUGAGUCUGAAGGAGCUGGCUGGUUCUGGCACUUUCAGGAACUCGUACUCAGUUUAGAACCUUCACAGGGUCCAAGUGGAAACUGGACUUAGAGUUUUUAAAUGAAUAGACUUCAUUCUGCUUUUGUGGCUUUGACGUUUUAGAAGUAACUUGCUGGGCUAUUUCUUGUUUAUAGUCACAAGUAUUUAUAGAACAUGAAUGUGUGAAACUUUUAAUAAAAGUUGUCUUUUAUUAAAUUUAUAGCAUUUGCUAAAUCUCCCAGGUAGCAAACACAUAGUCAUUUGAUUGGCAGAAAUACUUGGUUUUGAAUGAUUGUAUAUGUUGUUUUACUGUAGCUUAAAAUAAAUUUAAAAUGAUUUUGAGUUAAAUGUUUAUGGCAACCUAGAGGCUCAUGGACCAGAACUUCUGCCGAGUCCUUUGGUUUUUGAGUCUAGAAUUUUUCAGAGGGCAAAAUCAAACUUGCCUUGUUUCUGGUUCAUCUUACCAGGCAUGGGGAUGCUCUUGUAUGUUCUACACCAUAUAAAUGUCCUGAUGAUGACCCCGGGGAAGGUGCUUGCCUUCACCUGGAAGGGUUGCCUGGGGCUGGAGAGUUGGUUCAGCAGUUAAGAACACAUGUUGCUCUCCCAUAGGACCCAGACAUGCUUCCCAGCAUGCUCAUGGAGCUCACAAGCUAUAACUCCAGCCCCAGAGGAUCUGAUGCCCUCUUCUAAGGGCACGGAGCAUGCAUAUGGUACCCAUAUACACA